AUGGGCUUCCUUGGCCUCAUCCCAGCAUCCAAGCUCGCCGCUUUCUACGACCCAAAGACCCAACAACUGACUUUGUCAGCUGAGGGCCCCGUGGAUCAAUACACAGGCAACUUCCGGUUCAGACAAGCCCCCUGGAUGGGAGGUUUCAAAUUCUAUCUCGAAGCUUGGACUGGCCCAUUGACUGGCCACAUUCAGCCUUACACCUUUGAUCAGAGCUUCAAGGUCUCUAUGGUUCCAUUCCCUAAGGAUGUCAUCAUUGUUGAUGCAAAUCAUCCCAAUGGAGUUCCAGUUGAGAUCCAUUUCGGAGGCCUUAAAGAUGCUUCAAGCAAGCCUGCUUCUGCCGCACCGUCAAGCAGUGAUGGGAAGGCCUUCCAAGAACUUCCGGCGCCAUCGCAGAACACCCUUAAUGUCUUGUACAAGGAACCUUUCGAGGUUCAGCACGCAUCUGAGGUCCCCAAAAUGGGUUUGAUAAAUAUCGAUUUCGACAAGCGCUUCCUCGAACUCGAAGCUGCUGGAAUUGACAAUGGGCAAAUCGUCUGGAAAUUCAACUCCCUCGAAACCGGCAACACUCAAAUCAUCAUCAGUGUCAAUGGCGGAAUUGCUCAAUACACUUAUCGGAUCGUCAAAGAUGUCCGCAUCUUUGUGCUCCCCGAGAUUCUCGAACCCGGCCCGGUGAUCACACAGGGCAAGUGUGAAGCUGAGGCUGAAUCAGCUAUCCUCGGUUUCCUCGGUCGCGUCAAUAUUGCCCGGCGCGAUGUGCUGCAACAUUAUCCGGACGCUGUUCUGUACAAUGUUGAGGCUAGUACGACAGAGCGCGAGGGCGUAACUUCCCCUGGCGGCCUAGGACAUAUGCGCGUUAUGUUCCGUGUGCAGAAGGGUACAGUCACUGUCAAGUCUACUGGAUUUGGCACCUUUGGCGCAGCGCAGUUCAAACCAGGCGUUAUUGUGGGUAAUGCAAACGUUGACUGGCCUGUCAGUAUGGACGCAGAUGAGGCGGAUAAGAUCCUGAAACAGGAGGGAUUCAAAGGUCCUUAUACGGCUUUGACGCUGCUAAAGCCUUUGUACCCAGGUUUUACCGACAAUAACUAUGUCUUCAGAAUGGUGGAUGGUAUUGACAAGUGGGUGAAUACUAAGACUAAGAAGCUGGUCACCGAGUGA